AUGAGUAUAACAAGUCUGCUAUCUGAGCUUCAUGCUGAAUUCAAGUCCUCUGCCAUGAAGGACGUCGGUAUCUCCCUCUAUCUCCGGCUUUUCGGAAUAUUGCAUCUACUCACCAGAACAAGUGCAAGUGUUCUGGCGGACAAGAACGGGGUUUAUGACACGUCCACGACCCCACCAAAUCUUCCUUGGAACACGUACAAUUACUGCAAUGCUCCACACGUCAACGCUGCCCACUACUCCUCCCCGAAAAAUGCAAAAUUGGAAUAUGUCAACGUUGUGAUCAGACACCACAAGCGUACUCCAGACAAUCUGUAUCCGCAGGAAAGCCAGCUUAACCCUCCUUCGGGUUGGGAUUGUACUGACUUUCAUCAACUGAUGUUCCCGCAAGGAGGGGGGCAAGUUGACCGCCAAACAUCAAACCCCACAUGGCAUCCCUUCGCCAGAAAAAUAUGGAAUGGUACGUGUGACCAAGGGCAACUAACAAGGCAAGGCUUCGAGGACGCCAUCAAACACGGACGGGACUUCUGGAAUCUAUACCACCAAAAGCUGCAUUUUCUCAGCAGUGUCAACGAACAUGAUGUAGUCAUUCGCACUUCCACAGAACCACGCACACAGCAUGUUGCUAGUGGGCUCCUUUUUGGAAUGGAUCCCUCGACAGCAGGAAAAGUUUUCCCAAUUCAUACGCAACCAAGCCCAAUAGACUCUCUACCUCCCAGAUAUUCGUGUCCAAGAGCUGACCGUAUCCGUUCUGCCUACCAGUCUGUUCCUGCAUGGAGCGAUCACAUACAUGCAAACCAGGACCUGCAAGACAAGCUCGACGCCACGCUAGGCACCCCAGGACUGUCGGAUUGGUCUUUCUGGUAUGACCACUUCUUCGACACUUUUACUUCGCGGACAUGCGGAGGUCACACACUUCCAUGUAAUGCGACUGGCGUAUGUGUUGCAGAAGCCGAUGCUCGUCGAGUCUUCGCCAUCGGCGACUUCGAGUACAACUACAUUUGGAAUGCGGCCGAAAAUUCGACAACAUAUAAUCAACUCACGUUCGGUGUAUUCUUCCAAGAGCUACUCCAGAACUUCCAGCAGUUCAAAUCAGGGGCCGAGACCCACAAGCUAGUGUUCUUCGUGGGUCACGACGGGAGUAUGAUCCGCCUAGCGUCUGGGCUUGGGUUUGGUAAGAUAAAGCCUUUGCGAUGGCCUGCGCUUGGUUCCGAAAUCGUCAUGGAGGUAUGGCGAACUUCCCAAAAGGCUCGAUUCGUCCGUGUGUUACACGAAGGGACGCCGGUGGAUGGAUUGGAAUGGCUGCCUUUGGACGCAUUUAUUAGCCUGCUUGCUGAGCAGGUUCCUGCAGAUAUAUUUACCGCUUGUGGAGCAGUCUAG